UAAGUGUUUCGUCUCCAAGCCAUUUUCUAUGGAAAAUCAAGGGGAUCGGGCCAUGAUAGCCACUGGCAGCUUUGAAGAACGGGACACCUUUAGAGAAGCUUGAUCCUGGAGGCCUCAGAGUGAGACCUCAAGCACCCUGCCAGAUUCCGGCAGAGUUCAUCUGUCUCGUCUUGCUGAUUGGAGGUCCCCACUUCUCCAGCUUUUCUCCAUCUUCUGGGAGGUAGCAGAUUAUCAGAAUCAUGGUUGGUUUCAAGGCCACAGAUGUGCCCCCUACCGCCACCGUGAAGUUCCUGGGGGCUGGGACAGCGGCCUGCAUUGCGGAUCUCAUCACUUUUCCUCUAGAUACCGCUAAGGUCCGGCUGCAGAUCCAAGGAGAAAGUCAGGGGCUGGUGCGCCCCGCAGCCAGCACCCAGUACCGAGGCGUGCUGGGUACCAUCCUCACCAUGGUGCGCACCGAGGGUCCACGCAGCCUCUACAAUGGGCUGGUCGCUGGCCUGCAGCGCCAGAUGAGCUUUGCCUCUGUCCGCAUUGGCCUCUACGACUCUGUGAAGCAGUUCUACACCAAGGGCUCAGAGCACGCAGGCAUCGGGAGCCGCCUCCUGGCGGGAAGCACCACAGGUGCCCUGGCUGUGGCUGUGGCCCAACCGACAGAUGUGGUAAAGGUCCGAUUCCAGGCUCAGGCCCGGGCUGGCGGGGGUCGCAGAUACCAGAGCACUGUCGAAGCCUACAAGACUAUUGCACGAGAGGAGGGGAUCCGGGGCCUCUGGAAAGGGACCUCUCCCAAUGUUGCCCGUAACGCCAUUGUCAACUGUGCUGAGCUGGUGACCUAUGACCUCAUCAAGGAUACUCUCCUGAAAGCCAACCUCAUGACAGAUGACCUCCCUUGCCACUUCACUUCCGCCUUCGGGGCCGGCUUCUGCACCACGGUCAUCGCCUCCCCCGUUGAUGUGGUCAAGACGAGAUAUAUGAACUCUGCCUUGGGCCAGUACCAGAGCGCAGGCCACUGUGCCCUUACCAUGCUCCGGAAGGAGGGUCCCCGAGCCUUCUACAAGGGGUUCAUGCCUUCCUUCCUCCGCUUGGGGUCCUGGAACGUAGUGAUGUUUGUCACCUAUGAGCAGCUCAAAAGGGCCCUGAUGGCUGCCUACAAAUCCCGGGAGGCACCAUUUUGAGCCUGUCCAGCUGCUAACCUGGACCCAGCUUCCCCUCCCUGCCCUGUCUUUUCCUUUAUCCCCUGCUCAGCACCACCUCUCUUCCCACUCCAUUUCCCUCACCCCCACUUUCCCUCCUCAUCUCCCUUUGCCUCAGUACUGAUGGCCCCACAGUGAGGAGGCCUGACACCAGACCCUGAACCCUCAGUCCUUUUCACAGUUAAGCCCAAAUCUUUGUCCUCUUCCCCAGCCCAGCUCAGCCAGCCUUCACCCAUAAAGCAAGCUCAAUCUUGGUGUCUUCUA